CAAACUAGACAUAACAGUAAUGUCAAAGGAUUUAUAAAUGAUAUUAAAGCAUCAAUAAUCUAGCUAGUAAAGCUCUAUGUAGCUAGUACAGCUACACUACACUAGUAUACAGUGACACAGAUAAGCUACUUGAUCGGUCCAGCUGCACCAAGAGUGCCUCUUUGUCUCACAAACCUGUGUGGGAGAGUGCAGCUCUAUUCUCAGUUCGAUAAUUAGCCCACGCUCUCAACAACAACCCCGCAAUAACCACGCCCAUUAUUGGUUUCAUUUCCGGUUGUUCUUGUUUAUGUGCGUUCCUGUUUAGUGGCCCUACAUGCGCAGUACUCUAUUCUACUGAUCGACAGCCCCUCCUCUUUUUCAGUUUGCCAUUUGGUCCGGAUUUGCGAGGUUUCGGAUUAAAGGGGUCCGGAUUAGCGAGGUUCUACUGUAUCUCAUUAUUUGAUGACGUCAUAUCCUGUUUUAUAAUUUCAUAAAACUGAUGAGUUUGACUGCUAUUACAGGGAAGGCCGAUGAAGAACACUGAUCCUCCAUAGUAGCAGAGUCUUCUUGGUCUUAUUACAAUAUUUAUACUGUAAAAUUCACUGCAACACUCAAUCUCUUUGUCUAUUUUAUAUCUCUUGUCAAUCUUGCAACAGCACAUGGUAAAAUAAUGCAGUGUCAGCAAAAAAAAGAACUUUGAUCUCAAAUAAUGGCUGACAUCAGCAAUAAUGACUUUAUUGAUGCGGUGAGCAAAAACUGAGGCGGGCGGUUGAUCUGAAACAAGUAUGCAACUAACAGUGGCCUUAAUGCCACUGGAUUCUCUAACAUGUGGGGAUGAGCGCGCAUGCAUGCGCAUUGCAUCUACAGGAAUAAUUAAAAGGUGUGUCCAAAGAGAUACGAGAGCCUAAAGACAGGAAUAUGUCCAUGAACUUUGACCUUAUAAUUAAUUUUUGCCUGUGAUGUGGGGGCGGCUCCAGAGGAUUAUGCACAAGAAGCAAAUUAAACUUUAAUCGAUACUAGUUGGGCUCGAUACUAUACUAGUGCAUGCAUUUAGAUACAUGCAACAUGCAGGGUAUUAUAAUUAAUGUGCUCCUCCCAACAUGUUGUAAGACUUAAGAGUCACUGCCCCUUUCUGUCCUGUACUUUUUCGUUUUUUUUUUGUUUUUUUUUUUGUUUUUUUUUUGUUAGGGCUACCUUAAUAUUAGCUCUCAGCUGCUAGUUGGUAUGUACCUCAUGCUCUGCAUUAAAGAAAAAAAACAGUCGUUAAUGUGAGUCAAACUAGCCAUAACUCGAGAAAGAAGCUUUAGUUUGCUAAUCCACGAAUCAAAAUCCAAGAGAACGUGGCUAGAAGCCUAUAGAAGCUGUUAGUUUCCGUUGCAUUGCAACCUACUGAAUUCAAAGUCCUCAAUAAUGCGACUGCCUACUUUGUGAACGCGACUUCUACAAUGCCACCAAACAGUGUUGUGCUAAACUACACUGUGUUUUUCAACCAAUCUGGCAUCAGCCCACUAUUCAUAUUUCUUCAAUUUCAAAACGGGCUCAACCCCCCAGGGAUUCUAACGUUUGAUAACGGAGCCAACAUAAAGGGAUAUUUCCCACUUGCUACACCGCCCCUACCCGAAAGCUACAGCGAAAGCUACAGUGUGGAUGACAACGGUAUUGCCUCUUUUCAGGAGAGUAUUAUUCUUCCAGGAAAUGUCCAUCAAGCGUUCUAUCGAGAUGGACAGGCUAGUUUGCUGCUGUACCUGACGUCUUUUGUGGGAAACACGUCUCUGAUCAGCCCUCGCGAUGAAAGAAUGGACACUACUCCAGUGUUUCUGAGUAUAAUGCAACAAGAAGAAGCUGUUUGCAUGGAGCUUGAGAUGAUAGCCAAUGGAAUGAUUGUCUACAAUGCUGACAUGACUUCUCCACACGAAGUCGGAAAUGUGGCCACCUACAGCUGUAACCAAGGUUAUGAGCUGGCAGGCUCUGAGAUGAGGAUUUGCGAGGAUGCUGGUGAUGGUAGCGGCGCUAGAUACAGUGGACAGGCUCCAACUUGCGAACCUGUUUGCGACGAGCUUGAGACGAUAGUCAAUGGAGAGAUCACCUACAAUUCUGACACGGUUGCUCCAUACGCCGUCGGAACUAAGGCCACCUACAGCUGUAGAUUCCCUAACCAGUUGGUUAUAAAUCCAGGCCAUCCGGUUAGGACUUGUGAGGAUGCUGGUGAUGAUAGUGGCGGUAGAUUCAGUGGGCAGGCUCCAACUUGUGCACAGUUUAGCUCAGGUUUGUGUUAUCAGGUUGAACUGUUUGAGAACGGAGUGGUCACAUAUUCACCAGACACCGACCUUCUUUACGAUGCUGGAACCACGGUAACGUACCGGUGUAACGAUGGUUUUGAGCCUAGAUUUGGAGAUGAAACUAGAGUGUGUAUUGGUUUUGCAAUUGGUCUUUUUGCACGUGGUGUAUUUACUGGAGCGGCUCCUAUCUGUGAGAAAACACCACCCCCUGUGUGCCCAGUCUCUACGUACCUCGAUGGCUCUGACUGCUCAGUACGGUGUCCACCUGGUACUGUUGGUAACCAUCGAACAGGGCUGUGCGAUGCAUUACCUACUGAAUUUAAAGUCCUCAACAAUGCGACUGCCUACUUUGUGAACGUUAUUGAUAAAAUGCCGCCAAACAGUGUCGUACUUAACUACACUGUGUUCUUCAAUCAGUCUGGCAUCAGUCCACUAAUCAUAUUUCUUCAAUUGGAAAACCUGCUAUAUCCCCAACACAUUUUAGUAUUUGAUGACGGAGGAAGCACAAAGUUUUAUCUGUCACAGUCCCUACCCGAAAGCUACAGUGUGGAUGACAACGGUAUUGCCUCUUUUCAGGAGAGCAUUCUUCUCCCAGGAAAUGUCCCCCAAGCCUUCUAUCGAGACGGACAAGCUAGUUUGCUGCUGAACCUGGCGUCAUUGGUGGGAAACACGACAAGCGUGAGUGAUUUUGAAAGGAUCGACACUCCAGUGUUCAUCAGUAUAAUACAACAGGAUGGAGUAUUUUGUAAUGAGCUUGAGAUGAUAGCCAAUGGAGUGAUUGUCUACAAUGUUGAAAUGACUGCUCCAUACGACGUCGGAACUGUGGCCACCUACAGCUGUAACCAAGGUUAUGAGCUAGAAGGCUCAGAGAUGAGAACUUGUGAGGAUGCUGGUGAUGGUAGAGGGAAAAGAUUUAGUGGACAGGCUCCAAUUUGUGAACUGCGAGGUUCCAUCUCAUCCCCAGAUUUUUGUUUUGAGCUGGAGCCCCUUGUGAAUGGAGAGAUUGAUUACGGCGGUAGAAUUGAGCCGUUUGCAUUAGGCACUGUGGCAACUUACGCUUGCAAUGAAGGGUUUGAUCUGGACCUCUCACUUGGUGGAUCUGAGAUGAGAACUUGUGUAGAUGGUAAUGGACUGGAUGCUAUUGGAGUGUUCGAUAACCAGGCUCCAAGAUGUAUCCUCACACCCUCACCAUCCACACCUACUGUCCGUGUCAACGAUUCAAUUGUCGGUGAUCCCCUUUUUUCUGUACCUCUCAAUUUAGUCAACGGCUCGGAACUAUUGGAACUAAAAACACUCUUGCACCUAUGCUACGAAAUCCAUGGUCGCCCAGACACGUACUUUAACCUUGUAUCUGAUGAGUGCACCAAUAUCAAUGCUUACUACACUGGGGUUGUUUCGGAUACCAUUGAUAGUCUUGGACUUAAUAUCAUUACGCAAAUCGGUGUACGUGCAAUCGAUUCCCUGGGAAACUGUGUGCGUGUGCGUAUCGACUCAGCUAGUAACUGUACACCAGUUGUCGUUACAUCAAACGGGGGUGUGGUCAGCGAGGUUAGAUAUGACCGCGAUGGUGUAGUAGUGUCAAAGGUUCGAAACCGAGUGAGAGUUUCUGUUCCAAACUGUGGUGGUAAACGUCUUGUGAUGUGGGUCACCUGCCAAGCCCCGGGGGGUAUGAUGCGAUUCGACAUUACAAGAGGGGUGGGGCUAUCUCCUACAUCCCACGGGCUUCUUGGACAAUUCUGGAAUGUUCCAGUGACCAUACGCAAGUACACGUACACAGGUGAUGAAGAACUCUAUCUCGACGUGGACCAGCUAUAUGUUGUCAGAGUUACACACCCGAGUACCGGGAGCACUCGUCGUUUCAUUGCCGAAUUUGGACGAAAAAUCUGGGACCUUUCUAACAAAGAUUGUCUGUAUGCGGGAAAUAUUCAAGGUGGUCGCCUUGGUGACAUUGAUGAUGAUAGUGUUAGUGAUUCAGUUGUCGAGGGAAGAUACAAUCAGUACAUUGUAGAUGGACUUUUUGAUCACGAUUUUGAGUAUCUUCAUUUUAACGCUGAGAAUUGUGUUUAACUCUUUUGGGGGUAUCUUUUUGUAAUCAUAGGUAGAUAUAAGACUUUCUCUACACGUUGUUACAUAAUUUGUCUAUAAUUAUAAUUAAUUUUACUGAAUUCUUUAUCUCAAGAUAAUUAUUGCUCUAGUAAGAAAAUG